AUGCCGGCAGAGACAAUCGGGAACAAUAGCAGCGAAGAUGAUGCGUUCCCGUGGCAUUUGGGUAUCUACGAUGCGCACUGCCACCCAACUGACACCAUGUCCAGCAUUGAAUCGAUCCAAAAGAUGAAGACGCGGGUGCUCACUGUCAUGGCUACCCGUGGAGAAGACCAGGAGCUUGUCAUUUCAGCAGCGGACAAACACAGCGUCAAGUCAAUCAAUCCAGAGAAAUGGUCUCAAGAAGAAUACCCAACACCUUUCUCCAACUUCCUCAUGCAAACAAGACAGCACCUAGAGCGCUACCCGUACGCACUGGUAGGCGAAAUCGGACUCGACCGCUCCUUCCGCAUUCCCGAGUCCUGGAUUGACAACCCUGACCUCUGGGCACGGCGAGACCACAAAUUGACUCCAGGCGGUCGUGAAGGCCGGCGCCUCACGCCAUUCCGCUGCAGUCCGCAGCACCAGAGGAAGAUCUGCCAGAUGCAGCUGCGCCUCGCGGGCGAGAUGGGCCGAGGCGUCAGCGUACACGGCGUGCAAGCCCACGGCGCCGUCUUUGAAAUGCUGCAGGAGCUCUGGAAAGGCCACGAGAAACAAAUCCUGAGUAAGCGCGAGCGCAAGAAACGGGGACAGGACCAUCCGUCUGUCGAGGCCGACAUGUCUGGCACUGAGCAGUCGAGCUGGGAGCCGAAACCAUAUCCGCCGCGGAUAUGUCUGCAUUCGUAUUCUGGUAAUGCGUCGAAUUUCAAACAGUACUUGAAUCCGGCCAUACCUGCGCAGAUCUUUGCGUCGUUCAGUACUGCGAUCAAUCUGUCGGAUGCGAUGGAGGAUGAGACGCCAGCGUCGUUUGAGGAGAUUAUCAAGACGGUACCGGAUCACAUGGUGCUUGUCGAGAGCGACUUGCAUACGGCAGGAGAUGAGAUGGACAGGCGGUUGGAAGAUAUCGUGAGGAGGAUAUGCAGAAUCAAAGGUUGGGGGUUGGAAGAGGGUGUGAAGCAGCUGGGGAAGAACUGGGUGGCAUUUGCUUUUGGGACAUGA